AUGAGCGAAUCGAGGCAGCAGGGUGCCAUUGAGACCGCCCAAGAGGCCGCCCAACAUCCCUCCCAGGAUGCUGCCCAGGCCGCCGAGAAGGUCCUCGUCGAGGAGACUCGCAAGGCCGGCAUACCCGCCUACCAAUUCGACCCUGAUGCGUCUCCCGAAGAGAAAGCCGCCGUUGCGGAAUCGCGGGUACCACCAGGUUUCCACCACGAGAAGAAACCCAAGGCGACCGCCGUCAUUACCGAUAAAGAUGACGGCUCCCCCGAUCAAUACGACCUCCCUCCCCCGAGAUCGGCAACCGAUAUGCUCGAAGAAAAGGCCAACGAAACCCCCGCGGAGACAAAGGCGGAUGCCAUGGAUGAAGAUUUGCGAUGGGCCCGCGACCGCACCGGUUGGGCUCCGCAGUUCGAGAAACCCAUGACCGAAGAAGAAAAGGCCGAGGGAACGCUGUUGGACCACCAGGAUUUCCUCGAAUCCAAGUUGGAUGACAAGUUCUUUGGAGACUGGUACCAUAAUGCCGGUGUGAUCGUUUUUGCUUGUCUGUCCUCCUGGAUCAUCGCCGUUCUGGGCGGUGGUCUGGCGUGGGUCUUCAUUGUCAUGGCGGCCUGCAGUACCUACUACCGGACCUCCAUUCGCCGUGUUCGACGAAACUUCCGCGACGAUGUCAACCGCGAAAUGGCCAAGCAGCGCCUCGAAACCGACACCGAGAGUCUCGAAUGGAUCAACAGUUUCCUGGUCAAGUUCUGGCCCAUCUACGCCCCGGUGCUCUGUGAUACGAUUAUCAACUCCGUUGAUCAAGUGCUGAGUACCUCCACCCCCGCCAUGCUUGACAGUCUGCGCUUGAAGACCUUCAUCUUGGGUUCCAAGCCACCCCGGUUGGAACACGUCAAGACCUACCCCAAGACCGAGGUGGACACCGUCAUCAUGGAUUGGAAAUUCAGUUUCACCCCCAACGACACUAUGGAUCUUACGGCCCGCCAGCUGAAGAACAAAAUCAACCCCAAGGUCGUCCUCGAGGUCCGCCUGGGCAAGGGUGUGGUGAGCAAGGGCCUCGAUGUGAUUGUCGAGGACAUGGCCUGCAAUGGCUUGAUGAGAGUCAAGGUCAAGUUGCAGGUCCCAUUCCCCCAUAUCGAGCGCGUGGAUGUCUGCUUCUUGGAACGGCCUGAAAUCGACUAUGUCUGCAAGCCUCUCGGCGGUGAUACACUAGGUUUCGACAUCAACUUCAUUCCCGGUCUGGAGACCUUCAUCAAGGAGCAAAUACACAACAACCUGGGUCCCAUGAUGUAUGCCCCCAACGUCUUCCCCGUGGAAAUCGCGAAGAUGUUGGCUGGAAACGCCGUCGAUCAGGCGAUCGGCGUGGUCGCCAUCACGCUCCACGGUGCUCGCUCCUUGAGGAACCCCGACAAGUUCGCUGGUACGCCCGAUCCGUAUGCAGUCGUCUCUCUCAACAAUCGGACUGAACUGGGCCGGACGAAGACCAUCCGCGAUACCGACAGCCCCAGAUGGAACGAGACCAUCUACGUUAUUAUCACCUCGUUUUCGGAUUCUCUUACUAUUGCGCCGUAUGAUUGGAACGAAUUCCGCAAGGACAAGGAGCUGGGCACUGCCACCUUCCCGCUCGACCGUCUGGAGGAGGAGCCCGAACAUGAAAGCGUCUAUCUCGAAGUCCUGGCUAGCGGUCGGUCUCGUGGCUCCAUCCACGCCGACAUCCGCUUUUUCCCUGUCCUAGAGGGGCGGCAGCUCGAGAACGGUGAGAUGGAGCCUCCCCCAGAAUUGAACACGGGUAUUGCCCGGUUUACCGUUGAACAGGCCAAGGACCUGGAUGGCAGCAAGAGUAUUGUCGGCCAGCUGAACCCGUACGGCGUUCUCCUUCUCAACGGCAAGGAAAUCCACAUUACGAACAAGCUUAAGCGCACCAACAACCCCAUCUUCCAGAAUGCCUCCAAGGAAUUCCUGGUCACUGACCGGAAAAACGCCCGUCUGGGCUUGGUGAUCAAGGACGACCGUGAUCUCAGCAAAGACCCCAUCCUCGGAUCCUACCAGAUCAAGAUGAAUGACAUGCUCAAGAUGAUGGAGAAGGGCCAGGACUGGUUCCAUCUGCACGGGGCCAAGACUGGCCGCGCGAAGAUGACGCUGCAAUGGAAGCCUGUUGCUUUGGGCGGAGUUUCGGGCAGUGCUGGCUAUGUCGACCCGAUUGGUGUGAUGCGUUUCCACUUCAAGAGCGCCUCGAACCUGCGCAACCUGGAAACGAUUGGCAAGUCUGACCCUUAUGCACGGGUCCUGCUCUCCGGCUACAUGAAAGCUCGUACCGUGACCUUCAGAAACACCCUGGAUCCUGAAUGGGACGAGGUGGUCUACGUGCCGAUCCACAGUCCCCGCGAGAAAGUCACUAUCGACGUCAUGGAUGAGGAAAGCGUGGGUAGCGAUCGCACUCUGGGGUCAGUCGAGCUGUCGGUGGCAGACUACGUUCAUGAGAAUGAGAAUGGGGAAUACGAGGUCGACGAUGAGAUGCAGCCUAUCUCCAGCCCGCUUCGCAUUGGCUCUGGCACUCCGAAGGGUGUGAUCAACUAUACUGUCGCCUUCUAUCCGGCCGUGCCCGUCGUCAACCCGGAGGACGAGGUCGAAGAAGAGGAAGUGGAGGCCGAGCUGAACGGCGAGGCUGGCGGCAGCGAUGCCCCAAGAAAGAGCGUCGAUUCCAGGCGCAAGCCUGCGCACGCGAAGACGCUCAGCACAGACUCCAAGGUUUCUGCCAAGACGCUCACCACCAACGGCGACGCCAAGUCUUCCCGUCAGAGCUUCGAAUCGCAUGCGAAGGACUCGGACGCCAUGUCUGUCCGGAGCAUCAAAGAGGUCCCAAAGAUUCAUAUUGGGGUGGAGGACCUUUCUCAAUACGAAUCCGGUUUCCUGGUGUUUAAAUUCCAUGAAGCUCAGUUGGCGGGCCCCAACGUUCAUGUGGAGGUGGUGAUGGACGACUACAUGUUCCCCGCUUACACCUCGCACAAACUUCGUUCCAAGUCUGUGAAGAUUGAAGACAUCGGCGAUGCUUUCGUCCGCGAGCUCGAAUUCUCCAAGAUCACCCUGCGCCUCGUGGAGAAGUCGAAUACCAAGGAUGAUAACGAGGAGCAUACGCUUGCGAAACUGACCGGUGACACUUACUCCACCUUGCAGCGAAUUCUGUAUACCCCUACGGAGCUCGUCCUUCGAGGAAACGAGGGAGAAUUGAGCAAGAUCACGGUCAGUGCGCGCUACAUUCCCGUGCGCAUGAAGCUCGACCCGCGGGAGAGCAUCAACAACAUGGGAACGUUGCGAGUGAACGUGCUGGACGCGGCCGAUCUGCCAUCGGCGGACCGGAACGGCUUCAGCGACCCGUACUGCAAGUUCCGUCUCGAUGGCAAGGAGCUGCACAAGACUAAGGUGCAGAAGAAGACGCUGCACCCUGCGUGGAACGAAUUCUUUGAGACGCAGAUCAAGACCCGUAUCGGCGCCGACUUCCGCGUGGAUGUAUACGAUUGGGAUUUUGGCGACCGCGCCGACUAUCUGGGGGGCGCUCAGAUCCCCAUCGACACGCUGGAGCCGUUCAAAAACACGGAGGUGACGCUACCUUUGGAUGGCAAGUCCGGUGCGAUCCGCCUGAACAUGCUCUUCAAGCCGACGUAUGUGAUGCGGUCCCGUCAAGGGUCGUCGACGUUUGCCGGCAACUUUGCGACCCCCGGCAAGAUCGUGGGCGCUCCGGUCAAGGGCGUCGGGAUUGUGGGUGGUGGCGUGAUCAAGGGCGCAUCGUUCUUGGGACGGGGCAUCAUCUCGCGAUUCCGCAAUGAUGACGCCUCCAUCUCCGAAGCCGAUGAAAUCGCCGGCGACGCUGCGGCGCCGUCGGUGGUGGUGGAAGGCAGCCCGGCGCCGAGCGAGACGGCCAACGGGAAUGGGCUGCAGCACUCGCGCACGCGCAGUGUAGCGUCGCACUAUGGGGACCGCAUGGGGUUGGGCGGCGCGGGCAAGGGCGAGUCGGGCACGGCGACGAUCACGGUGGUAUCGGCCAGCGACUACCCGCCGUCGGCCAACGUACGGGUGUACGUGAAGGCGAUCACGCCCAAGGGCGAGAAGGAAGUGUUGAAGAGCAAGGCGCACAAGGCCAGCGGCGGGGGGCCCGUGCAGUUUGACGCGUCACAUGAGACGUGCCGGGUCCAUAACACGACGGCGGAUGUGCAGUAUCGCGUGCGGGUGGUCGACCAUGCGACGUUUGGCUCGGACAGCGUGCUGGGCGAGGGGAUGUUCAUGGUGGCCGACCAGGGGUCUGGGUUGGGGCAGGACAAGGCCGUCCAGGCGGGCAGUGGUACGGUGACGAUCCGCAGCAGCUUCGCGGCGACCGAGACGUCGCUGCGGCCCGGGACGGCACACUCGACGGCGGGGGAUGGGGCGUCGGAGGUGGUGGAUAGCCCCGAGUCGAAGAAGGGCCGGCGGAGCUUCCUGAGCAAGCGGAGCGUGAGUGGCGCGUGA